GCAGCAAACUUAACGUCGCAAUGCAUUGAUGUCCGGAGAAUGCAUAACGAAGUACCUCGCACGUAUCAGAAAAGGGGUGCUUGUCUGUCGCGGGAGCUCCACGACUUGUCGCUGCCUGUCUAGCUUAGCGAGCUCGGUACGCCAUAUUUGUGACAGUCCGCCGGCGAGCAGCCAGUGCCCGCGAAAGGUGACACAAACACUCCUGUUUCCCGUAACAUAAAGCGACUCAAGGGUGACCACUGGCUAAGAGAUUAAAAGGCCGGUUAUCAGAGCUGUCGGCAGAGAAACACCUUUCGCCCAGUGAAGGAUACGUCUCGAUAUACGAGCUGAAUUUCGAUCACCUAGAUUUGCGGCUGUGAGUCGUGAGUGAGCAAACGUUUCGACCGCUGUCUACCUGCAAUCCUUUAAUCUCGCAGCCUUUCAGUCCAAUGUCUACAGAAGACAGAGACCAACGCUUGGAAAGAGUCAUACAGAAACUCGAGCACUCUGUCCUACGAGACAGUGAAGAUUACAUCCUCAAGGGAGAUAACUCUAGUCCCUCAGCCAAAGUCCCCGCUCGUGUCAGGGAGAUCAUUACCAGGAAUUUAGCCGGGGACGACAGGGCAGCCACAGCUACCAUGACGACUCCAACAGCCAGUCAGCUUUCAGAAGAAAAUAAACUGUUGUCCUCUGAGCUUAAUCGUGUGGAAGAUCUUCUGGCUCAGAGCAGAGCAGAACGUGACGAGCUUGGCAUCAAAUACAAUGCACUCAGUGAAAGGUUGGAACAGUCUCUAAAAGGCGAGGGUCUGGAUGGGGGAGACCAGGCCUCCAAGCCUCUUGUCCAGCAGAACAUUGAUCUGAGACGUAAGCUGGAAGAAGAACACAACAGCUACAAACGUAAGCUGCAGGCAUAUCAGGAUGGGCAACAACGGCAGGCUCAGCUCGUCCAGAAACUUCAGGCCAAGCUUUUACAAUACAAGAAAAAAUGUCAAGAUUUGGAGACAAUGGUGCGUUCCAAAGAACUGGACAUGCGUCGCUAUGGUUCCAAGGUACAAACCUCUGCCGACACCUUGAAGAAGAAGUUGGAGACUGCAGAAGAGAGACUAAAAUUAGCCGAGAGUGACCACGCCAUGGAUUUAGAGACGGCACUGAUAAAGCUGGAGGAAGAGCAGCAAAGGAGCGCUAGCCUGUCUCAUGUGAACGGCAUGCUGCGAGAACAGCUGGACCAGGCCACGGUGGCCAAUCAGAGCCUGACAAGCGACAUUCAGAAACUGACCCAGGACUGGCAGAGAGCUCGUGAAGAGUUGGAGGCCAAGGAAGCUGAAUGGAGGGACGAAGAACAGUCUUUCAAUGAGUACUUCAGCAACGAACACGGCCGUCUGUUGUCUCUGUGGAGAGCGGUUGUAUCUUUCCGUCGACAGUUCAAUGAAAUGAAGAUGGCCACAGAGCGUGAUAUGUCCACGAUGCGCUCUGAUAUGACGCGCAGCUCUCGCAGCAUGCACUCAGCCUGUCUCAACUUCAGCGCCAAUGCUCGUAACUCGGAAACUCAGUCUCAGGUGUCUCUUGACCGUGAACGUGGGGAAAAGAUCACCAUAGAAACACAGUACAGAGAAAAGGUUAGAGAGGUCAUUGAACUCCAGACCAAGUACGAAGCUCACAGUGCAGAUCUCAACUCCAGAAUCAACGAACUGACCAUGGCCAAUGAGAAGCUCAAGGUUCAAUUAGAAGAGAGAGGGAAGACUGUGUCCACUCUCCAGAAGUCCAUUUCUCAACUUGAGACUCGCGCCGAGACUGGUAACUAUAGCGACGGAGAGAUGCCAGAGAAUGAGGCAGCAAGGCAGAUUCGUGAAGACACUGACGUCCUUCAUGCUGCACUACGAGACAUCGCCCAAGCUGUCAUCAAUGAUGCUGACCAAGAUGAUUCUGGAGAUGGAGAGCGAUUGGCUAAAACCUUCCGUGAGCGCUCCCUGUCACCUUCGAGACCUCGCUCACCUCGUCUCCAGAUGAAAGCCUCUCGUACCCGCUCCAUCUCACCAAGAGGCCGGUCCCGAUCUCCCGCAUUUGCUGAUGCCACUUUCUCUGCUGUGCAGGCUGCCCUUAACAAACGCCAGCUGCAGGUACAAGAGCUGCGCGCUAAACUCAACGCCACACGAGACCAAAACACAACUGUUCGUAAGCAGAUGGACGAGGUGGAGAAUGAACGUAAGCGUCUGGAAUACCAGGUCCUCCAGCUCAAGGAUGAGAUCGACAUUGCACGGCGGGAACGUGAAGACUCAAGCCGAGACCGAGAUAGGAUCAAGAACGUGCUCACCGCUGCGGACACAGAGAAAUCCCAGCUGGAGAAACUUCGAGCAGCUUUGAAUGAGCAGAUCGAGGCUCUCAGCAGCGAAAACGAAAAACUACAGAUGGCAAACGCUGAGCUACAGCAACAGCGCGACCAGCUGGAGGAUGAGAAAGAUGACAUGACCAAGGACAAGGAACGUCAGAUCAAAGAAAAUGAGAGAUGCCAUCGCGUAAUAGAUCAAACUGAGCAGAAGGUAUCCAAUUUGAAAGAAGAGCUUGUUGCCACCAAAGAGGCAUUCAACAGAGCUCUUCUGGAUAAGGAGGUAUUGGAACAGCAGAGAGCAGAGGUCACCGAAGCACUCUCUAGAACAGAGGUACACAAGGCUGAGGUCGAGGUGGAGAUCAGCAAGGUGAAGGCUGAUGAAGCCAGCUUGCGAGAUGCCAUCUUGAAAAUGCAGGCGCUGAAUGAAGGUCUUGGUCAAGACAAGAUUGAACUCAACAAGAUCAUUAUGCAGCUGGAAGCAGAAUACACAUCACUCUUGAACGAGAAGACAGCUCUAGAGCAGGAGAGACUGGGAAUGAGGGAGGAGCUAGUGCGUGUGGAGCAGGAGAAGAUGGACCUGGACACAGAGAAGAUGGGACUUAACCAGACCCUGGAGCUGUCCGAGAUGACUCGCCAACAGCUGGAGGAUGAGAUCCAGGUGCUGGUCAGGGACAAGGCCGAUGUCACUGAGCAGCUCAAUAGUAUUUCAAGGCAGAAGCAGUCCUUAGCUGAAGAGCUGAUUUCAACACGUCGUGACGUGGAACGUCAAACUGUUACAGUCACCACUGUUACAAAGGAGAAGGAGAUCCUGACACAGGAUAAGGCGGAGCUUGUCGUGCAACUGACCGCGGCAGAAAGAAGCAACAGGCAGCAGAGCGAGACAAUUGCUGCUCUCACUUCAGAGAAGGAGAGUUUGGAGGGUUCCUUGUACGAGGCCAACCAGUCCAUCACACAGCUCGAGACCCGCAAGGAGCAGCUGGAAGGAGAAAACCAGGAACUGCUGCUGAGAAAAGAGAACCUCCAGGGUGAGAUCCAACGACUCCUACAGGAGAAGGAGCAUGAGGUGGAGAGACUAGAAAGGCAGAAGGAGGCCCUGAACACCCGGCUCCUGCAGAUGGAGAAGGACCUACAGCUAGCCCUGGCACAAGAGAAACAGGCUCAUGAAGAAGAUGUGGAGAGACUUAGCCGAGAAAAGGAAAACCAUCGGCUUCAGUUUGAGUCCGAGCGAGAGGAGAUGGUUCACCAGAAUGCCAUGGAGAAGGAGGACAUGUUGAACAGGAUGGAGAGAGAGCGUCAGGAGCUCAGUGAGGAAAUCCUCAGCCUACAGCGAGAAAGAGAUGACCAGCUUCUCAUCGCAGAGAAUGACAAACAACAGGCCCUUUCAUUGGUGGAGCAAGAGAAGUGCACACUGCAGGAAAAACUGAACAACUUGAACCUUGACUUGGAGAAUAGCUCAACGGAAUAUGAUCGUCUGAAGCGUGAGGCACUCGCUCGUCAAGAGCAAGACAAACUCUGCAUCAACAGUCUAAACUCUGAGCUCCGCAACUUCCGUGUACAGUUUGAGGAAUCUACGGUUGCUCAUGAAAAGGAGGUCAAAGAUCUGACCAAUCAAAUAAGAGAUGUCAUGCGUAAGAAAGAGAGCGCUCUGAAGGAGGUUGCAGAGCUGAAGGUUCAGUUGAAGAUGGUGGAAGAGGCCAGGGAUAACAUCCGCAGAGACCUGAUUGAGGCCAACCGUAAGAUUAGAGAAGGUGAAGAACAGAGAGAGCUGAUGCGUAAGGACAUUUUGGAUCUGAAGCGCUCACUGAAUGAUGAAACUCGUGAGAAGGAAACAAUAGGUCAGACAGCAAAUGAUCUGCGAAACAAGGUGAAGCAGUCUGAGGCAGAGAAGAUUGAGUUGAGUCGUCAUCUCCAAGACUCAAAACAAAGAGGCUCAAUUUUGGAGGAGCAAAAAGUAGGCAUUCAGAAGGAGGCUGGAGAGCUGCGAUCAAGUCUGCGUGAAGUUGAGAAAGCACGUCUUGAGGCUCGACGUGAACUACAGGAGCUGAGACGUCAGAUUAAACAGCUGGACGGAGAAAGAAGUAAACUGGGUAAAGAGGUGGUCGAUCUCCAGUCCCGUGUGGCACGUGAUGAAGAAAAAGAGGAGGAAUCUAGGAGAGCCUCAUUUGACCUCAAACAAAAGGUUGUGGAGACUGAGGCCAGCAGAGAGGCAUUGCGUAAAGAGCUGGCUAACUUACAGCGUAAGAUGGCAGAGCUGAUUGACGAAUCCCGUGUGAAAGAGAAGGACUACAUGAUGGCGCUGGAGGACAGCAGGCGCUCAGAGCACCGCCUGGAAGAACAGCGCCGCAUACUCGAAGCCAACCUGGAAAACGCCUCCUCAGACAUGGCCGACCUCAAGAUGAAGCUGAGCGGCACUGAGGGAAGAGUUAAUGCCCUUGAGGCAACUCUUGCACGUCUGGAGGGAGCUAAAAGGGAUGUUGAGUUCAAGCUGAGCAGUGUGGUUUCCAGUCUGCGCAGGACAAUUGGGUUCCGUCCAUCCCGUGCUCGCUCCCCAAGCCCAAGUCGUGCCCGCAGCACAAGCCCAAGGAGAUCCAGGCCUUCGUCACCCACCAAAGGUUUUGACAACACAUACACCACUACCACAGACGGGAUGGGAAAUCCCAUCCCCAGGACCGGCUCCCCGGAGCGUAGCCUGAGCCGUAGUGGCUCCCCAAGCCGCUAUGACACUUCCAUGGUGCAGGCGUCCGACGUUGACCCAGAGGCUGUCAGGUUGGCUCUGAGAGACUUUGUCAACCAGUUGGCUACGGCUGAGAGAGAGAGGGACGAUGCUGUGGUUCAGGUACGCAGUCUGUGUAUUCAGCUGAAGGAGCUUGAGGAGGACAAAACUCGCACCGAAACCAGGCUACAGAACCUGCAGAAAAACCUGGGAGCCGUCGAAGAAGAUAAGCGUGGUAUCGAUGGCCGUCUCGCCAGCGCCCAGACUGCACUCAUGCUCCAGGAGGAGACAAUCCGACGCAAUGAGCGUGAGCGUAAGGCACUCACUGACAAAGUUAGCUCCCUGGAACACAAGCUGACCAGCAUGGAGACAGAAAAACGACAGCUCAUGGAGAAACUUGCCAAGCAAAAGCAGACAGAGACAAAACUUGAUGAUGACAAGAAACAACUGAAACAGAUGAUAGAUGAUGCGGAGAAUCGCUGCACGAAGAUCGAGCUGUCACGCCGUUCUGUAGAGGGAGAGCUGCAGCGCCUGCGAUUGGUGAUGAAUGACAAGGAGACAGAAAACCAGGUGUUACAAGAGCGUGUGGAUGGGUUGAACAAGCAGAUUCAGGACCUGGAGAGCAAGGCUCAGUCUCUGCAGCUGACCAUCGACCGUCUCGGGGUGGCACUCGCCAAGACAGAAGAGGAGGGACACUCACACAAGGACAAGGUACAAGCUCUGAACCUGUCCCUGUCUGACAGUAACUCUGUGAUCAACGAAUUAGAGGAGCGAGUCACCCAGCUGCAGAGAGCACUAACCAGCAGUGAACAUGACAGACGUGUCUUACAGGAGAGACUAGACACUACCAGACAAGCCCUGAAUGAAGCAAAGAAGCAGAACCACAGUUUAUUGGAGCGGCUGCAGACAUUACAGAGUGAAGUGUCUGAAGCAGAGGUCCGUGGAGCCGAGCUUGAGGGACAACUCAGGCAGAACUCUAACGUUUUGGUUCAGCGACAGGAGUCUGAACAGGAGCUGAACCAGCGCUUGUCCAAACUGAGCCUGGAGCGCCAGACGCUACAGGAAACCGUCAUCAGUCUGCAGCGGCAGCUGGGCGGGCUAGAGACAGAGAAGAAAGAGAUGGAACGAUCACACAUUCGCCUGGAGAAGGACAAGAGUGCACUGAGGAAAACCCUGGACAAGGUUGAGCGUGAGAAGAUGCGAACAGAGGAGAUUGCCACGAAGACUGUUGUUGAACGCGGCAGCCUGGACAGACAUAUGCAGCGUCUGGAGGAAGACAAUGUGGAAAUGCAGAGACAAAUUCAGCAGCUGCAGGCGCAGUUAGCCGAGGCUGAACAGCAACAUGCUCAGAGACUGAUUGACCUGACGACACGUCACCGCUCCGAGACAGAGAUGGAGACAGAGCGUUUGCGCACAGCCCAGAUCCAAGCUGAGCGCACCCUGGAGUCCAGAGAGAGGUCAAACAGACAGAAGGUCAAAGGUCUGGAGGAACAGAUCAACACUUUGAAAGACCAGCUGAGUCAGGAAUUGAGGAAACGCCAGUCUUACAUUUCCCGAAGCGCAAGGACUGGAGAUGAAAUCAAGGACAUUCGUAACAUCCUUGACAACUCACUGUCAAAUAUCGCCCGUGACCCCAGUCUUGAUCCCAUCCUCCUCGACCAAGAGACCCGUAAACUGGAUGACUCGCUCCGCUUCUCUUCCCCAACACGCCUGUCGCCACGUCACCGAUCCCCGGUCCGCAAGUCUUCACCAGCCCGCCAGGUGCGCAUCACGUCCACGCCCACGAGUCGCUCACGGGGAUCCAUGCGACGCAGCACAACAAGCCCUAGUCCCAUAGCCUUCAGAAACUAACCCUGCUUACCACUCACUACCAAGGACAUCACUGCCUUCUGACUGGUAGCCAGCAUUUUAUUCCAAGGACCAGUUUCCAGUCAGUGUCAGAAUUUAUCUUUAACCAAAAUGACCAAGCUUUUUGGUUCUUGACAGAGGUGCUGUGGUUUCUUGGCCUUCCUUCCGUCCAUAUUUAUUGCUGUUUACAUUUUCACCAUUUGUUUUACACGGUAACAUUUGGCUGUAGUCUUGGUACAGAUAUUAAGGGACCAUCAUUUGAAAACAGAAAGGUAUAUUAUGCUGUCUGUUUGGUUAAGCAUUGUCUUAUUACCUGACAGGGCAAAAGCAUUGUCACACUAGAUUGCUAGUGAAAAAAAGAUUUGGUGAAAAAAAAACAGCUGUUUCUUGUGAGAAAAGAAGUAAAAUUGUUAAAGAGAUUUUGUUAUCCAGCCAAUUGGCAUCAUUCACUGAGCUCUGUAAGUCAGUCCGUCAGGUCAAUGUAAACAGUAUUACUGGCACAUUUUGAUACUUGUUAUCUUCAGUUAAAUUUAGACAUUUUAGUUUUAGAUGUUUUCAUACAAAUUUGUUAGUUUUAUCUGUUUAGCUCAUAUUAUUUCUUUUGUCAAGUCUAGAUGCUUAGUCAGAAUUUUUUAUUUAAAUAGAUCUAGGAAUAUUUUAUCUCACAUAUGUUUGUGAUGAAAUAGGUCAGAUUCCAGUCCCAGUUUCUGUGACCAGUUGCUGAUGUAAGAACCAUAGCUUCUAUUUUUAUAAUGUUUGUAAGUCAUUAUAUAAUGUUACCUGUAACUCUUACCUGCUUUCUUUUCUGUGAUAUUUGUUUAUUGUUUCUGUUUUUUUUUUUUUUUUUGCUUUGUUGAUUUACACUAUGUUUUGCCGAGAAUCACUGUACGUGUAAUUUAUGCAAGAUCUGUGAUAACAUGUUGUAUGUUAUAUAAAAUUAUAUAAAACUUUCGUAAUGUACAUCCAUAGCUACCAGUACGAGUUGUUAGGGCCAUCCAUAAAUAACAUGGGGCCAAUACAUGGGUACUGUUUUCGAGCUUUUGAUAACGUAACAUGGAUGAUCCUUAGAAUAGAUUUUUUUUUCCACUAUACUUAUUUGAAAAGAAUAUGAAAGUUCCAAAAAAAAAAAUUACUGAAAUGCAUUUUUUUGUAUUAAUUUGGCUAUAUUUGUCUUGCCCCAUUCGACUUAUUUAUCAUAACUGACUUGUGUAGGGCCCUGCAUAGCAUCAAAGAUAAGAGCACAACAGUCAACCAUAAUUACGAAACUCUGUCUUGGAGCUAAAAUAUUUAAAGACAGUAUGUUUUGGGGGGGUUUUUGACAAGACUAGUUUCUAGAUCAAAAUAGGAGACAACUUUCUGUUUGGUUUCAGUUAAGUGUGUUUUUCUGUUGCUGUGUUGUUAUCAAAGGCCUCCUGUGUUGGUUUUGUCACUUAACUGUUUGAAUGAUGAUCAGGAGAUCCCAGGAUACAUAUACAUACUUACGUGAUUGCUUUAUGCUAUACAUUUACUAUAAAUAAACUGUAGGUUUACAUUUCACUUGA